UUCUUCGGAAAACCAGUGACAUGAACGACGACGACGACAAAGAUCCAUGGUUAGCACCCGACAAACUCUACCAUUUUCUAUUCUGCUUCUUUCUAACCCUUUUCUUCUCCGUUAUAGCUUCGCUAUCACGCUACCCUUUUCUCCGUAACCAUUCUAUUCGGUUCGGAUCCAUCCUCUCCCUCCUAGCUGGCGCUGCCAAAGAGGCUGCUGAUCAUCUCGGGAUUUUCCCCUCUGCUGGUGCCUCCGCCAGAGAUGCCGUCGCCGAUCUCCUCGGGGCUUUGGUAGCUGCAAUGGCGCUUUCUUUGUGGAAUAGGCUGCUCCGAUAUCGAUCCGAUUCGGGACACGCCCGACGAGUUUUGCCUGUUUGAGUGAGAUUCCAUAGUCAAUUUGAUAAAUGAGUCAACUGAUUUUAAGAGUUUAAACGUGUACGGCCUGCUGCUUUGUGGAUGGGAGAUGUCUGGUUCCCAAGAAAAUGAAGUUGAAAGUAGGUUUUUUUUUUUUUGGCGAUUUUCGUUUAUCAUGUGCUUUUUACUGGACUUUGAGGAUUAAAUUCAUUCAUUGAAUUGGGCAUUUUGUCAGAGCAUAGGAUUGUUCGGUUGGUGAGAAAUUGAAUGCAAAUAGAAAGAAAAU